AUGGUGGAUCAUGUCAUCCUUCGCGGAGAGACUUCUCGGUCCGCCCUCCAAGAUGGCAAUGCUGAUGAACGGACGGUCGAUGAUUGGAGCUCACCACAACCAUGGGCUCCGAAUCGCCCCGAGGCCGCGCGCGUACUCGUUCGCCAUACUCAGAUACAUCCAAAGGCAGAGGACAGUCUCGAUCUGUAUCCAGACCCCGCCACUCACUCACUCCUCGAUCCGUUAGCAGAAGCCCUCGUCGCAAUAGCAGAUACAGGAGUGAGAGUCGCAGCGCCAGUCGUGGCAGAACCCCCAGCCCGGUCAGGAGUUGUCAUCGAAAAGCUUACGAAGAACGUCAAUGAGAGCCAUUUGCGAGAGAUCUUUGGCACAUUCGGUCAGAUUCGCGAUUUGGACAUGCCCAUGAACAGAUCAUUUAACACAAACCGGGGAACCGCAUAUAUCCUCUACACUUCCGAAGCCGACGCCGAAGCUGCGAUUGCCCACAUGCACGAGUCCCAAAUCGAUGGAGCCGUUAUCAAUGUCUCGAUUGUCCUUCCUCGUCGCAAAUUCUCUCCAUCCCCACCUCUCGCGAGACGUACCGUCAAUCUCGACCCCCGAGCACCUAUAGCUGCAGCUCCAAGCUUUCGUCCUCCUCCACAAGUCAGACGUCGUUCACCACUCCCACCUUACGGCGUCAUCGUACACGCUCGAGAUCGGUUUCUUCGCGGUCCCGUUCCCCACCUAGAAGAGGAGGCGAGGGUGGAGGGGCAGGAGGAGGAAGAUGGAGAGAAAGUCCAACCCGAAAUGGCAGUAGAAAAAAGAGAAGCCCAAGUUACUCUAGCUACAGCAGUUAUGAAGACAGGAGGAGCAGGAGCAGGAGCCGUGCCCGCGGAGGCGGAGGAGGCGGAGGUCGUGGCAGACGUUGAUGUACGAACAAUUGAUCUUGCAGCGUUGGAGUUUGGCACAAUAAGGAAUCACUGUAUUACUGAUGUUUAG